UUAACUUUAUUUUAUUUUUUCUAGGAAAUGAAGCCUACCCUUAUCUUCCUGAUCAUUUGCGUGGCUCUUUCUCAACAGCAAUACUAUCAUCCACGUAUGAUGAUGGGCUAUCCCUGGAUGUCGCCAUUCGCUCACCAACCAAUUUUCAACGAUUACAUGGGACAUUAUCCAUACACGGGUGGCAUGAACGGCAAUAACAUACACGCACGAGUUAAGGGAUAUGAGCCUUUGCCACAGGAUUUCCAAAUCGAAGACGAUAAUCAAAAUCGAUUUUUAACUGGUAGCACUAUCGGGAAUCCUCUGUUGAAAACUGUCACGUUCACGAUCACGUCAACGUGCACGGCAUUGAGCGUCACGACGUGCGUUGCCAUCUCCAACCUUUCACCGAAUCCGGUUGCAUGCGCCGGACGAAGAAGACGAUUCGCCGAAUACAAUGACGAGCAAGGCGAGGACAUUGCAGCCCAAUAUCCCAUUGUUCCCAGUGAAGUCAGAAUUGUGAUGCCAACGGCUGAGCCCAGCACAGGUCUAGCCCGCAAUACACACGAAUUACCAUUUGGCAUCUCUUCUUCGAUAGAGGAAGUCGGUGAAUCGAACAGCUUCGCCAGCACAGACAUGCAGCUACGUGGUAAACGAUUCUUCAACUGGAACGCUUUUGCGACAGGAGUAACUGUAACGAGCUGGUCAGUCGUUUCGAGCACUUUCACGUCGACCCUUGCUAUUCCUGGCGUCAGUACCGUCCUUCCCUGUUUACCAGCUGGUUACGGCAUUUGCCAAAUUGCAGUUGGAAAAUAAAGCGCAGCUGAAAGCCAA